AUGACUGUUGCGGAGUUAGUUAGGCAACCUGGCCGAGAAUCGCUUCAGCGCCUUGCUCCAAAUUAUCUUAUUGUCCCAAACACCACUUGGUUUGAUUUGUCUGGCAAUGGUAUCACCAACAGCCUUCUUAGGAUGGAGUACACGAUGCUAAAGCGUGGUUAUCCAACUUUCUAUGACAUGCCUGACGAAGAUCAAGAACUUUGGUUUCGGCAAUUUGCGCAAGAGUUCACUUGGGAAUCAGGGAUUACAGAACAAGUGAAAAUUGUUUUCCGCCGCAAAGCAGCUUCGCACUACACCAAGCGGAUCAAUGAGUGGAAGCAAAAAUUCGAUGUUGGCGAGGUCCCGAAGCACAUCAACCCAGACGUUUGGUGGGAUUUGUGUGCUCAUUGGACGAAAGAUGAGACAAAGUCUUUGUCGACAAUCAACUCGCAAAAUCGGUGUAGCGGGCGUGACGGGAAAGGGAUGUUUGUCCACAACUUAGGGGCAACAAGUUUACAGACCCGAGCACUUCAGCUAGUAAGUUUCUAA